CCGGCGUCGUCGUUCACGCGGCGUGCGCUGGGCUCCCAAAUAUCGGCUGGCCGCAUUCAAUGGUGCCGGAUCCGUCGACGGGCCGUUCUUCGGAGGGGCCUGUUGGCGACCGGCGACGUUACCUUGAACAAAUUAGAGUGCUCAAAGCAGGCUCUGAAUGCCUGUAUACAUAUUCAUGGAAUUGGAGAAUACGUCCCUGGCUCGAUUUUACUGCGAAAGCAUUUGCCGAGAAUGUUUUCAUUAGUCAAGAACGAAAGUUAGAGGUUCGAAGGCGAUCAGAUACCGCCCUAGUUCUAACCGUAAACGAUGUCGACCAGCAAUCCGCAACGGUCACUACACGGACUGUGCGGGCAGCUUCCCCGGGGAAACCAGAGUGUAUGGACUCCGGGGGAAGUAUGGUUGCAAAGCUGAAACUUAAAGGAAUUGACGGAAGGGCACCACCAGGAGUGGAGCUUGCGGCUUAAUUUGACUCAACACGGGACAACUCACCAGGCCCGGACACCGUAAGGAUUGACAGACCGAUAGCUCUCUCUUGAUUCAGUGGGUGGUGGUGCAUGGCCGUUCUUAGUUGGUGGAGUGAUUUGUCUGGUUUAUUCCGAUAACGAACGAGACUCUGGCCUAUUAAACUUGACGCCGCCGUCUUCGUGACUGCGGCGCGCUUCUUAGAGGGA